GAAAAAAGGGCUGAACACCGUCCGACGAGAAACAGGAGAGGCUAGCAGACGAGAGCACACCGCGUCAAUUGUGAUAACGUGAGAGCAUUUUUAAUCCCAUAUAGUUAUUUUAAGAAAACUAUUGCUGCAAACCUUUUGCUGUAUUUCGAUGCAAAUGAAGAUUCGCAAGCAAUGCAUCCAGAGGAAGAUCAAUGUGAAAAACUUGGACAAAGUUCCCCCCUCAGUGCCAGAUGUGUGCCUCAGAGACCAGCAGCUCCAUCCAGCAGAGUACAGUUGAGCCUUUACAAGUGUUCUCAGUGCCCUGAGGUCUUCUCCAAGCCCGCAGCUCUGAAACUCCACUUUAAAACCAGCCACAGCCAUCAUGACCUGAACGGCCCCUUCCCCUGCUCACAUGCAGGCUGCCGGUUCACCAGCGCCGACCGUCAGGGCUAUGAAGCCCACCUCAUCUCCACACAUGCACUGACUCUUGUUCCCUGCUCCCACCGGUCCUGUAAAGCAUCUUUUCUCACACGAGGGGAGAUGGAGAGCCACCGGAGGAGCCACAUGCCGUUCGGCUGCCCUCAUUGUCAGUCUGUCUCACAAACUGUGAAAGAGCUGAAGGAGCACCUGUGUGAACGCAGCCACCUGCCAGGAGAUCCUGGAGGAAAACAGUCUGAGCCCACAACUGCAUGUGCUGAUGGACAUCAACAUCCUCAGAUGUCCAACAGGCCAAAAAGAAAACGGAAACCCAAAGCAGCUGGCGUCACCUCGUCACCAGAGGAGGAGGAGGAGGAGGAAGAGGAGGAGGAGGGGGUGGAGAGGAAUGGGAACAAGUCCAAACGAGCCAGAAAAGCAGUGGAAAAACACAGAUCGUCUGCAGAGGCUUCUACACUGCUGCCAUCCAAAGAGUACCUUGCAGAGGGGUCCAAGCACAUUUAUCGCACUCACACCUGCCCCGUGUGCCGCCGCUGCUUCAAGAUGCGCUCCCACCUGCAGGAGCACCUCCACCUGCACUUCCCGGACCCCGGCCUGCAGUGCCCCACCUGCCAGCGAUACUUCACCAGCAAGAGCAAGCUGCGCGUCCACAGGCUGCGGGAGGCCGGGGAGAAGCUGCACCGCUGCCACCUGUGCGAGUACUCCGCCGUGGAGAGGAACUCCGUCCGCCGCCACCUCGCCAGCGUGCACGCCGCCGAGGCGGAGGGUGGAGCCGACACCCGGAGCUUCCUGUGCCCCACCUGUGGCGAAAGCUUCCAGCAGAGCAGAGCCCUGAAGGCUCACAUGAAGACGCAUAACGUCGUUUCGGCGGACAAGCCGCUGACCUGCUUCCAGCCGGGCUGCCGCUUUCAGACUUCUCUGCGAAAAGAGUUGAUCAAGCACGUAUACGACAUGCAUGGCGUCAAGGCGGUGGAGUGUCGCCAUCACGCCUGCGGCGCCGUCUUCCAGAGCGAGGCGGACAUGGAGGCUCACUAUCGGAGCCACCUGGCCUACCACUGCUCCGAGUGCGACUUCUCCUGCUCCAACAAAAGCGUCUUCCUCCAGCACCAGCGGCUCGGCCACCCGGGCAGCGAGAGGCUCUGCUGCGACUUCUGCUCCUUCGUCACCUUCAACCCGGUGGAGUUCGAGCAGCACGUCGGGCAUCUGCACGCCAGCGAGAAGAUCCACCGCUGCCCCCAGUGCAGCUUCGUCACGUCGCACAAGCGUGGCCUGAAGAGACACGUGCUGAUGCACAGCGGUGAGAAGCCCCACAAAUGCAGCGUCUGUGACUUCAGAUGUCGAGAUGAGUCCUACCUCUCCAAGCACAUGCUGACUCACUCAGACGACAAGAACUACAUGUGCGCCGAGUGUGGAUACGUCACUAAAUGGAAGCACUACCUCAACGUCCACAUGAGGAAGCAUGCGGGAGACCUCAGAUAUACGUGUGAUCAGUGUCCGUAUCGAUGCCACCGCAUGGACCAGCUUAACAGCCACAAACUGCGCCAUCAGGACAAAUCGCUCAUGUGUGAGAUCUGUGCUUACGCCUGCAAGCGCAAGUACGAGCUCCGCAAUCACAUGCUGGCCAAACACUCCGGAGAGCAGAAGCAGCCCGCCGUCUUCAAAUGCAAAUACUGCAGCUACGCCACCUGCUACAGGCAGGCUCUGCAGAACCACGAGAACUGCAAACACACCAAGCUGAGGGAGUUCCGCUGCGCGCUGUGCACGUAUUCCUCCUUCAGCAGCAUCAGCCUCUUCCUUCACAAGAGGAAAGCUCACGGUUACGUGCCCGGAGACAAGGAGUGGCUGGAAAACUACGCUGCGAGGGAGAGAGAGAGGAACUCAUCGGAGCUCACGCAGGAUUUUUACGUCAAACCGUCGGUUUGUCAUGAGCCGACACGUGGACCCGCUUCGGCUCCGGACGCUCCAGGAGAACGAUCCGCCUCAACGGAUCAUGAGUGUGUUGAAGAACCCUCAGCCGGAUCACAGCCGGUCGCGUCUGUGGACAUUUUUGAUGUUGUGUCUCAGGAGGUUGUCAAAGAAGCUGCUUCAGUCAGUCCUUCGUCCGUCAGCAGUCCAGAGGAGUACUGCACGCUGGUUUUAACUGCUCUCCCAGCCCCGUCUUUACCGAGUGAGGAGGCACACUCAGAAAGCACCCUCACGCUAAGCAGUAACGCGACUGAAACGUUGCAAGAGAAGACCGACUUUGCUUCAGCUGCGGGUUCAUCGGGGAAUGACGGCGCCGCAGAGCCGGAUGGAGACAGUGAGCAGAGUGACUGUGAGCCGCUGAGCUGUGCAAGCGGAGACAAUCCGACUCAAACUUCAGAGCUGGACAAUCCCACUGCGGAAAACCAACCGUCACAGUCCGAGAUCCGUCUGAAAGCCAUGAAGAAGCACGACAAAGACCAGGCAGACGCCAUGGUCCUAGAGGGCCGGGUGCAGAUGCUGGUGCUGCCGACCGAAGGUGCUUUUCGCUGUGACCGGUGUUCGUAUGUGGCCUGCAAGGAGAGCGCUCUGAAGCAGCACCGGCGAGCAUCGUGUCACGGCAGAUCGAAGAGACUCCAGUGCCAGGCCUGCGGGGCGCAGUUCAGACAGAAGCGUGGUCUGGAUAGCCACCUGAAAAAGAAGUGCCCAGCUCUGCUGAAAAACACGAGGAACUUUGUCGGCGUUUCAGAUACCUGUUUGACUUCAAAAGAGGACUCGGCCCUCACUCAGGAAGGAUCUGAACACCUAGAUGGAGGAACUUCUUCAGAUCAGACGUCUCCGUCCUCACAAAAUCCAAUAUCCGCAGAUAUUGAGCGGGAAAAUGCCACGUGCACAUCUCCUUCACCGAACUCCAGCGGUGGUGUGAACGAACCUUUGGUUACUGAUUCAGAACAAGAGCAAGGUCAAUGUCAGACAAAAAAACUUCUGAAAAGAAGUCAGGAAAAGUGCUUGUACACUAAAAAAGAUGGAAAAUUCCAGUGCAAGCGGUGCAGCUUCUCAGCAGUCAAGCUUCUGAUACUAAAGCGACACCUGUCAACCUGCAGAGGAGCCUUGAGAGAUGACGGUCAGACAAUUUCAGAAGAAGAUCAUGAGGAAAGAGAUGAGCCUGAUAAAGAAGUCGUAGCAGGAGAGGUUAGAGGAGGCCUGCUGGAACGUCCAGGGAAACAUCGGCCCUUUCGUUGUUUGAACUGUGCAUUCAGGUGCAAUCAGAAAAGAGCGUUAGAAAGUCAUGAAAGGAAAGGCUGCAUGCAGCCAGGUGAGGUUCAGUGCAGCUUCUGCACAUUUGUAGGCAAAUCCAGGAGCUCGUUGAGCCGCCACAUUCUGUACACUCACAGACGAGACCGGUUUGGAGCUGCGAAAGCCAGGCGGCUGCAGUGCCAGCACUGUGCGUUCAGUUGCAGGCAGGAUCGACGCCUGGUGCAACACGUCGCGCUGAAGCACAGAGGUUCGCGCCCUCACCGGUGCCGCUACUGCCCGUUCGCCACCGCAAGGCGCUACCGCCUGGAGCAGCACGAGUCGCUCCACACGGGCGUCGGGCGCCACGGCUGCGACGUUUGCCACAAGACCUUCGGGGCCGCGGCCAAGCUGCGUCAGCACAAGAUGCGGAUCCACGACAAGCGGCCCACGCAGCCGUGCUCGCUGUGCGACUUCAGCAGCUACACGCUCGACGACGUGAGGCGCCACAAACUCCGGUGCCACACGGGGGAGCUGCGGCACGUCUGCUCCCACUGCGACGCCAAGUUCAGCUCGGAGGUCGCUCUGAGAAACCACUGCAGGCGUGUUCACCUGCUCCAGGCCGGCCUCUCCUGCAAACAGUGCGACUACACGUGCAGCAGCGAGUUCGCUCUGAAAGCACACCAGCACAGCGUCCACACUCCAGCGAAAUGCUCCACCUGCCAGGAGUCCUUCCAGACGAAGGAAACCCUGGAGCUCCACCAGAAGUCUCACCGAGCACAUCAGUGUCCGCUGUGCCCCUUUGCCGCCAAGGCAAGGCAGCGAUUGGCCCAACACCUUCUCGGCGAACACGAGGAAGGAUCGCCGGAGGAGAAGCCGCUGAAGUGCAGCAGCUGUCCGUUCGUCUGUCGGCACCAGCUGGUGCUGGAGCAGCACCUUCGGUCUCACGGGAGCAGACGCUUGUACAAGUGUGCCGACUGCGAGUAUUCGACACGGAACAAGCAGAAGAUCACCUGGCACAUCCGCAUCCACACCGGGGAGAAGCCCUACAGCUGUGAGCAGUGCAGCUACUCCUGCACCGAUCCGGCCAGGCUCAAGCUUCACAUGAGGGUUCAUCAGGAAGAGAAGAAGUACCUUUGUCCACAGUGUGGCUACAAGUGCAAGUGGGCCACUCAGCUGAAGUAUCACAUGACCAAGCACACAGGAGAAAAGCCGUACGCCUGCGACGACUGCGACUAUCGCACCAACCGGGCGGACGCCCUGCGCGCGCACCGGGACACGCAGCACUGCGACGCGCGCCCGUAUGUCUGCGAGAAAUGCGGCAAGGCCUUCAAAACGAGCUUCAUCCUGAAGACCCACCAGCGGCAGCACGGCGACGACCGGCCGUACGCCUGCGGCCUGUGCCAGAAGGCCUUCCGGUGGCCGGCCGGACUCCGGCACCACUUCCUGUCUCACACCAAGCAGCAGCCCUUCCGCUGCCGCCUCUGCUCGUACAGCGCCAAGCAGAAGUUCCAGGUGGUCAAGCACCUGCAGAGGCACCAUCCGGACACAGCGGCAGAGCAAGGCGUGGUGAGAGACGCCGCAGCGGGGAGCCUCACCCUCAAAGAGGCGCUGCAAGGGACUCUGGGAGAAGGAGUGCCGCAUGAGCUUCCUGGAGCCACUGAAGGAGAGGAAGUGACAGCACAAGUCUGAAGAGACACGUUAGAAAUAAAGCACUGGGUUUUAGAGCAAGGAUCUGGAAGGUAGAUUAGAUCUUUAAAUGUGUUUCUAGAAUCUAGUGCAGAUCUGGGAAAUGAACCAUUGGUUUUAGGCUCCGUUUACAUGAUAUUUUCAAUUGAAAAGAGAAAUCUUCUUUUUGUUUUGAGUGCUCAGACCCAAUGAUAA